AAUAAACGUCCUGAGUAAUGAGGGGCCCGGGCCAGAGCAGGAGAGGUGGCCGGAGCCGGGCGGGCCCGGAGGAGCGGCCUCCACAGGGCCUGCGGACGGCAGUGGCCAUGGAGCCCUGCCCCGAAGAGCAGUACUGGGACCCCCUGCUGAACGUCUGCUUCUCCUGCAAACCCUUCUGCAGCCACCAGAUUCCACGCCCCUGCACGGCCUUCUGCAAGUCUCUGAGCUGCCUCAAGGAGCAGGGCUGGUACUACGACCAGCUCCUGAGGGACUGCAUCAGCUGCACCUCCAUCUGUGGACGCCACCCCAAGCAGUGCACGUACUUCUGUGAGAACAAGCUCAAGAGCCAAGUGAGCCUGCCCCCCGAGCUCAGGAGACAGAGGACGGGGGAGGCCAACGCCAGGCCUGACGGCUGGGGAAGGUCCCCGGGAUCGGAGCCCAGAGGCUCGGAGGCAGGUCCAGUGCCCCCUGGGCUGAAGCUGAGCUCCGACCAGCUGGCCCUGGUCUACAGCACACUGGGGCUCUGCCUCUGCGCCAUCAUCUGCUGCUUCCUCCUGGCGGUGGCCUGCUUCCUCAGGAGGAGGGGGGACCAGUUCUCCUGCCAGCCCCCCCCAGGGCCGUGUCGGAUUCCAGCCAAGUCCUCCAAGGAUCACUGGAUGGAAGCUGGAAGCGCGGCGGGCGGGCCGCCCGAGCCCGUGGAGACCUGCAGCUUCUGCUUCCCGGAGCGCAGAGCGCCCACCCAGGAGAGCACAGGCCCGCCCCGGACGCCAGGCCCCGAGCGCACUGGGAGGUGGGGGCUCCUUGGCCGGACCAUGGCUGGACAGCCCUGUGUGCGCGCCCCCGACAGCGGCCUCCAGGUCGUCUGCGCUCCGGCCCAGGAGGGAGGCCUGGCCACGUGA